CCCUUGCAAAUUACUAUGUAGACUUGGACUCAGGGUUGUUGGAUGGUGUUGGUAUAAAUAUUCGACACCCCGUUCAAUCGGUACACAGUCAGUUACCCGACUCAGUCACAGAAAUGGCUUUCUCGUUCGUCAUCCUCGCCGCCUUCGUGGCAGCCGCCAACGCUGGAGUGAUCGGCGCACCCGCCGUAGUCGCCCCAGGCGCACCCCUCAGCUAUGCCGCCCCCGCAUACGCCGCCCCUGCCUACAAGGUAGCCGCCCCCGUCGCAUACGCUGCCCCCGCAUACGCUCCCCACGCAUACGCCGCCCCCGUCGCUAAGGUCGCCGCUCCUCUCGCUUACGCCGCCCCCGCCUACGCCAAGGUUGCCGCCCCCGUCGCCUACGCACCCAAGGCCGUCGUCGCUGACGAGUACGACCCCAACCCACAGUACAGCUACGCCUACGACAUCCAGGAUGCUCUGACCGGAGACUCCAAGAGCCAGCACGAGAGCCGAUCCGGAGAUGUUGUCCAGGGUAGCUACUCCCUUGUUGAACCCGAUGGCACCAGGAGGACCGUCGAGUACACCGCUGACCCACACAACGGAUUCAACGCCGUCGUCCACAAGGAGCCCGCUGGUCACCCAGUUGUCGCCAAGGUUGCCGCCCCCGUCGCCAAGGUCGUCGCCGCCCCCGUCGCCUACGCCGCCCCCAUUUUCGUUCUUGCCUCCGCCCUUGUGGCAGCAGCUCAGGCUGGAGUGAUCGGCGCACCCGCCGUAGUCGCCCCAGGUGCACCCCUCAGCUAUGCCGCCCCCGCAUACGCUGCCCCUGCCUACAAGGUAGCCGCCCCUGUGGCAUACGCUGCCCCCGCAUACGCUCCCCACGCAUACGCCGCCCCCGUCGCCAAGGUUGCCGCCCCUGUGGCCUACGCCGCCCCCCUUGCCAAGGCUGUUGAUGCUGAUUACGACCCCAACCCACAGUACAGCUAUGCCUACGACAUCCAGGAUGCUCUGACCGGAGACUCCAAGAGCCAGCACGAGAGCCGAUCCGGAGAUGUUGUCCAGGGCAGCUACUCCCUUGUCGAGCCCGAUGGCUCCCGCAGGACCGUCGAGUACACCGCUGACCCCGUCAACGGAUUCAACGCCGUCGUCCACAAGGAGCCCGCUGGUCACCCAGUCGUCGCCAAGGUUGCUGCCCCCGUCGCAUACGCCGCCCCCGUCGCCAAGGUCGCUGCCCCAGUUGCCUACGCCGCCGCCCCCGCUUACUACCACCACUAAGAAUUUCCGACAAAUUUUUCCCACCUCCAACAAAAUUCUUCUCUAAAAAUUUCUAAAGACGGUACAACGAUUGCUCAAUCAUCAUUGACAACCUCACCUAGUCUCAACAUCUCAUCUUCAUCAUCAUUAUUUAUUGAAAAUCUAUUUAUUUCCAAACUGCAAUAAAACAGAAAACCUAUACAAA